GUUUAUGUAUGGGCGCGCUCGCGAAGCUCCGGGCCUUCGCGGAUCGUAUCGAGAGCGAUCGCAUUGGUGAGCCCCGGCUAGAUUCGCUUUGCUGUGCCAGGGUUUCUGGCAGAUUGCGAGUUGGGAGGGGCGUACGCGCUGUUCUUGUGGAUUCGCCAGCGAAGGCGCGAUCCGACGAUGCCUUCGUCGCGGCCGGGCUGAUCCAGAUGUAUGCCAAGCGCGGGAGGAUGGAGGAGGCAUGGGAGAGCUUCCGUGGCGCGGGGGUCAAGGACGCGGUUGUGUGGAGCAGUAUGAUCACGGCGAGUGCCCGGAAUGGGGAUUUUGGGGCGGCGCUGCUGCUUGUCAAGGAAAUGCUGCUCGACGGCGUGUUGCCCGAUGUGAUCGCUCUCACGGCGGCGCUGGCGGCUUGUACACGCCCGGAAGCUCUCUCUCAAGGUAAGCUUCUUCAUGCGUGGAUCUUAGACUGUGGCUGCGAGGCUGACUUGUUUGUGGUGACUGCAUUGGUGACCAUGUAUGGGAAAUGUGGCAGCUUGGAACGGUCCAAGGAUGUUUUCGAUCGUAGCUCGUGUCGAAGAAACUUGGUGCUGUGGACGAGCAUGAUCGGAGUUUAUGUCCAGCAUUCUCGCUUCGCUCAGGCUCUGGGGAUGUUUCGCCAGAUGCAACUGGAAGGUGUGAAGCCAAACAAGGUGACUUUCAUUUCAAUUGCUGGUGGAAUCGUCGACAUGAACCAAGAUGCGGGGACAUUCGCUCUUGCGAGAUGUUGUUUCAGACAACAGUGUGCCACGAGAGAACACUCUCCUCGUGGAAUGUGAUGCUUGGAGUCUAUAGUGAACACGAAAAGCAACAACACAAGGC